GAAAAAGCAAAAUGGACGAAGUGGCGGAUCUACGGCAUAUGCUAUUGAGUUUUCGCGUCUCAGAAUUACAGUCACUGCUUGUGUUUGCGGGACGGUCUAAAACGGGAAGAAAACAUGAACUUAUGGGCCGAGCGCUCCAAAUGUUGAAAAGCGAAGGAAAUCAUCAUGUCAGAAAGAAACUACGGGAAUUGUAUGAAAGACGAUGCCCUCGGAAAGUGGUUAUACCUCCAGCUCAACCAAGACCGGCGAUACAACCGCCAGUUCAACGUUCUUCGCAAUUACAAAGUGUGAAUUCGGACACAACCGGCGUUCCCGUGCACCCUGACGUUCGACUUUCACAUUUACCGUUCUUUGAACAAAUCGACGACCUAGUGCGACCAACAAGCUUAGUUCUUCGUGGGUUGUCGCACUUUCAAGAAGCAUAUGUCAUGUUCCAUCUUACGCCGAGCCAAGUACAACUUAUAAGUAGUUCAAGGGAUACGCGGCCAAAUUCUAGAAAUGAGUAUACAGUCCAAGUCCAGUUAAGAUUUUGCCUAUUUGAAACAAGUUGUGUACAAGAGGACAACUUUCCAUCUUCGCUGUGUGUCAAAGUGAAUGGAAAAAUGUGUCAGAUUAAUACAGGUCACACAUCACAGAAUUGCAAUCCUAAUACUGAAUCAAAACGACCCAGUAAACCAGUAAAUAUAACACAAUUGUGUCGUCUAUCACCAACUGUACCAAAUCACAUUCAUGUUUCAUGGACACCAAAAUUUGGUCAGAGACAUGUGGUAACAGUAAAACUUGUCAGGGCUGUCACUUCAAGUUGCUUAAUACAGAGACUGAAGAUCAAUGGUUACAGAAAUCCAGACCACUCAAGGGCACUGAUCAAGGAAAAGUUGGCCCAUGAUCCAGAUAGUGAAGUGGCCACUACAAGUUUACGAGUUUCUCUUCUUUGUCCACUUGGGAAGACACGGAUGACACUUCCUUGCAGGGCCAUCACAUGUAACCACUUACAAUGCUUUGAUGCAGCUUUGUAUUUGCAGAUGAAUGAAAGGAAAACAACAUGGAUCUGUCCAGUUUGUGAUAAGAAGGCGCCGUUCGACAAACUUGUAUUGGACGGAUUGUUCAGAGAGAUUCUUGAGGCAGCUGUGAAUUGUAACGAGAUUUCAUUUCAUGAAGACGGUUCUUGGAGACCAAUAAACGACUUGCAAGAACAUGAAAGUAAGAAAGCAAUCAGUGCACUUAUAUCUAGUGCAGUUGUGUCAUCACCAGAAAAAAGUGUCUCAUCAAGCAAACUGAAUCACCAGGGAGAUACAAAAGAAGUCGACAAUAAGAAGGAAAAAGAGUGUGACAUUAUAGACCUCACUCUCGACUCUGAUUCAGAAAGUGAAAAGGAUACAAAUGAUAAUGAUGAUGAUCAAGAAAGUGACAAUGAUCGUGAUUUAAACACACCCAGGCCACCCUAUGGUGUCAUUAACACUGCACCUGGACCUGGUGGAGUUAAAUCACCUCCUGGUUUGAAUCCAAUGGUGUUUCCAAACAACACAGGUACAAUACCUGGAACAUCAACCUCAUCACUGCUGAAUCCAAACUUUUUCCCUCCUCCUCCACUGGACUUUCCGUGCCAAGGACUUGAUCUCGAAAGUAUGUACCCUCUUUUUUCUCCCAACGAAACUUAUCCAUGGACUCAUGGACUUCUUGGUCCUCACGGGUCGUCAAAUGUGAUUCAGCUGGAUUAAAAGCAGUAAACUGAAUUGGAGAGAGAGCAAAUGGAUAUUAUUUGUUCAUUGUCUGGAGACAUACCAAUAAUAGGCUCUGUUAAGUAACCAGUGAUGGUUAAAGCGCAAGAUCAUCAUCUUCUCAUCCUAGUGGUACCUUGAGGCAGUUCAAUCACCUCUGUCCAAUCGCAGAUGUGUGCUCAAGUUCUUAAGAAACCAUCCCUCGCUCUGUUUCAACCGCAUCCUUGCGGUGUCUCUCAUUGAUCAGAUCAGUUGAUGCAGACUCAAAACCAAAGUUAAAAUAUAUAUGGAAACCUUAUUAGUUCUAUACCUUCCCAUUCAGUAAUUUUUGAUAAGAUCACAAUCAAAUUUUGAAUUGUGGCCUGCUGAUAAGAACCACUGAUAUAACCAAUUUAAUUUGUAAGAUAAAUAUGCGAACUUUGGCAACAGCGAAAAGGUUUAGAUAAUUUUACCUAAGCAGUGAACGUAGUAACAACGCAGAGUUGAAUACGUGCUUCCAGGCCGUGACUGGAAUGAAAAAAAAUCAGACGAUUUCUCUAUGGCGUUAGGGAUACAGUUAGAGAUGGAAGCCAACUCAUUUGUUUCUUACCAAUCCUAUAUCCUUGCUGUUAUUUGACUACAACAUUUUUUUAACAAACUUAUUUCAUGUUAUUAAGGAAAGCUGGUCGAUGUAUUUGAAAUGUUGCGCGCAAAUUGUAUAUUGUCAGGAAGAAGUAUUAAGAAAUUUAAAGCUAUUUAUAUUUUCUCCGAGAAGUUUAGUUUUAUGCUGUAAGUACAUGGAUUAAAGGUUUAUAAUAAUAUUAAGAUGCACAGGAUCUCAUUGUUUGUUAAAAGUGCAUUUUUCUCGAGAUGUCUUUUUGUCUGAAUGCGCUUAUUACGCAUGAACCGUGUUCUAAUAAAUUAUUGUACGUGCAA